UUCUUGCCUAUCAAACAUCACAUCGCUGUAAUGGCUCUUUCAGCUGAAGCUGGGCCUUCUUCCCUGCCCGAAAGGGUAUCAAGAUCGCCAUUGUCAACUUUUCGACAGUUGAAUGAUGCUUUGGAAGCGGCAAAUUCGACCGUUCCAACUGCAAUCAUUCAUAAAAAGCUGAAAGAAGCCUUACCGGUGCUCAAAUCUGUGUACAAGCAGAAACGAACUUUGGUGGUGAAUGAAAGCAAAACAAAUCUUGACGAAUCACUCAACAAUGUCGCCAAGCAAUGCGCUAUCUUGCAUCAGGUGGAAGAAUCUGAGAUGAAGUCUCUAUUGCGGCUUUAUCUUGAUAGCGAGGACGUUCGAUUGGAUUUAUUGACAAGCCGAUCAAGAUCUAUCUCACGUCCUUUGAUGCCGUCUCGUUCCGUUCAUGGACGUCAAUCGGUCGCACCUGGAAGCGAAGAUGUCAACACACAGCUAAUUGAUGCUCUAUCGAUAUUCUAUUGUGAAGAGCAAUUGUACGCGAUUCGUUGUAUAAGUGCUCUCCUUCGUAUCGGCGAUGACAAUUAUCACGACCUUCACAAUAUCGCCGAAGAGAUCUUGGGUCAAUUCCUCGAUCAAGAUUUUGCACUACAAUGUCUUGCAAGAGUAGAAACGCUUUGUGCACUUUCGCUGUCCGACUCUGUUCGCGAAGUUCCUCGCUAUAGCACCUUUUGGUCCAAACAUUCUGUAAGAGAACAAAUUGGUCUUUUGGAAUGCGUCUUUUUGGCCUAUUAUAGUCGCCUCGAAUCUUCAGCCAAGUUUGUGGAGAAAGUGCAUAGUAUCAUACAGUCCACCAAUUUCGGUCAAAAUCAUUCAUGUGCCGGCUUCUUUGAUGCAGAAGCAACCUCUUUGCUGGAUAAUCUUUCCUACCUCUUAAUCUUACUGGCUAUCGAAAGCUUGGAUAUCGAGAAAUUGGUAGACGGCGACAACUUCCUCACACUCGGAAGACCAUCGGCUGAGGAUGAUGCACGUCGGCAGCUGAUCGAUGCACCAGAAAUCGUCGAGAAAGUGAUUGAUUAUUUACGUUCUUCAACAACCCGAGAUCACCUUCGCGGUCCUUUACUCAUUGGCUGGGCACUUUUUGUAAGUCGCAUGGAUGGCGCUGUCUGCGAUUGGACAGAAGCAAGAGGGACAGAAAGGUUACCAAAACAUCUUCAAGCCUUGAAUGUCGCCCUUGAAAAGCGUGGAGGAUCAGGCUCACUCUGGCCUGAACUAGUUUCAGCUGCUCUCUCACCUGAGCUUGGUGUCUUUUCCACUCUAUACAAUCUGGUAAAAUCUCCCUUGAUUCGAUGGGAUGCCCGUUCAAAGUUCGCAAUUGCCGUUGCACCAUCUUCAUCUCUAGCAAUGCGAGCAGUGAUGAAAGGCUUUGUUUUGUCCAUCAAUGAAUUGGUCAAGCCAGAGUACAUUUCCGAUUAUAUGAGUUUUAUUGAUAUUUGGCAAACGACGUUUGCUAACGAUGACGAUGUAGAUCGUCAAGUCAUUGGGCAAGCAACGGAUGGGGCUGCUGCUCUUUGCGCGCAAUUCUGGGAAGUGGACUAUCAACAUGAACAAAGAAGAGCUCUUAUCGAUACUGCCACACGCAGGUUCCCCGUUAGUUUCAGACCUCUCAUACGUCUCUGCAAAGCAUUAUCAGGAAGUAGCCCCGGCGCUUUGCAUACUUCAGAUGAAGCCUUCAAAGCAAGUACUGCGGUUUACAACUACUUGGCAGAGGUACAAACCAUCACGCACGUCCUGAAUGCAUCGUCUUCCCUCUCUGCACCUUUUGAAGUCAUCGAUGACCCAGAAGAUCCGACAAAGAUUGUGCAUCGAGCCAAAGGGACAAUACCUGUAUUUGGCAGACAUUUGCAGAUCCCCGCCGGGGCGACCGGAAAGAUGAUUUCUGCCGAAGAUCAAGCUGCAAUCAUUAUGAUUUGGGACAUCAGCGAGACGCCAUACAGUAUUUGGAGACUUGGCAGAGAUGUUUUAGCAGGCUUUGCGGGACUUCUAGACCGUAAAGAUGACUUUACCUCACAAAGCAAUACUCGGCCAAAAGACGCAGCAGUGUUCGACGAAAAGGCAAAGAUUGCAUCUUUCGCAUCACUUGCUCCGGAUGAGAGUCAGACUUUCGAUGGCGAUGUGGCAGCCGAUAUUAUGGAUCUGUUCGCUUCUAUUCUCUCGACAGAGUCUCGCGUUGCAGUGGAACUCAUAGUACAUCUUGAGGGAAAUGAUAUAGGCACAACAAGUAUCGCUCAACCCAGUGCUUUGGAUGCGCACAAACCGACCUUGAUCUCGAUCACGACUGGCAUUUUGAAUCAAGCACUUUCUUCGCCAUCUUCAGCUUCACGAGUGAUCAUCAGUUCUUAUCGUCUGUUGACUUUCCUCAUUUCCGCUACACAAUCACAAGCCGUAUGGCCUUCGUUAAGGUCAUCCGGUCUCUUGAUCGGCUCACAUGGCGUACGAUCUCUACUCACACGAUACGAUGCCUCACAAUCGAUUGAGUCGUCUACCUUACUUGCCCAUGAAACCUCUAUAGGCAAGUAUGCUGGUUUGUUGUCGUUGCUUAAUUUGCAUCACGCCCUUUUGGCUGAUGUUCUCCAAACCACGUACAGUCUGAGCCAAGUAGAAAGUGAAGUAAAGGUGGAUGUGAUUCUACGGUCUCUUCGCUUUAUUACCGAUCAAGUAUGGCUAGAAUACCAGGGAUGGAAAUAUGUCAACAUUCGUCAACGCAUCGAGAUCGGUAGGAAAUGUGUGCAAAUCUAUCAGCGGAUCUUGGAUGAUGAGACUUUACGCUUUGCAACAACGACUUCUAACCGGAUAUACCAUUGGAUGGCAGAGACUUUCGUCAGUCAAAAUGCAACAGCGUUGAUGCUCAGUCCAUUGAUUAAUGCAAUCGGAUCUAGCAUCCCUUUUAUUCAUGGCCUUCAACGUUCAUCUCGACAGAUUGAAGUUGAAUUGGCUAGAGAGCAUGUAGAGGCUUGCCUUCGCUUUACCCGGACCCUCAUUGAUGCCCGCCGGGAAGCCAUCACUUCUAUGCCUGACAGGCAUGUUCACGAACCGAUCUCUUUGUUGGGACUUUUGGAGCGAGUGUUCCUGGGCGAGUCUGUCUUCCAAAAUUUCAACCCCAGCGCAACGAUGAAGAAGAGAAAGCUUCAGUCCAACGCUAGCACUUCAGUGGACUCAUUAGACGACAAGAGCCUUGCCAAUGCGCUGUUCCAGCUGAUCUUUACUUCACAUUCUCUCGGAGGUCGAAUCGAGGCAGUACGACUUAUCACAACUAUUUGUGGCUCUAUCUCAGAUGCUCAACGACUAUCAACAGGUCCGCCUUUAGUUAGUCGAUUGGGUUCUGUCGUGGACAUGGAGGAUGUCAUGACUAAUCUAAUCGAUCUCGUGGAGGAUUCGGACCAAGAUGAUCAAUUGCGAGCCUUUAGCUUCAAUAUGCUCUCUGCCUUGGUCAAGAGUCAACCUGGCAUUGCAACCCUUUUGCUUACUGGUCAACAUGUUGCAGAUGGUAUGCAAUUCGACGAGAAAGGCGAAUCAACCGAGAAGGAGGGCUCUGCUGAUCAGAGAACAGCUGUACAAGUAGCCGCCAAGCUUGUCGAAGAUGCAGCAAAGAAUUAUUCAGACGUGCAAUCAGACAUUAGUCAAAUGCGCAUCUUGCAAGCUUCAUUGAAAUUCUUGGAAUCAGCAUGGUCACAUGUAGGAAGCUAUCAAAAAAGCUUAGGAGCUUUACGUCAAUCAAAGGGCUUUUGGAGUGCAAUUAUCAAGAUUGGUACUGAACAUGAUGUCAUCCUCUCUCCUACGGAACCUGGAUCGAUUGAGGUGGAAGAUGGUGUGUGCAAAACAGAUAGAGAUGGUCCAAUCGGAAUUGCAGCUAUUAUCAAGUCAUGCAGCGCUCUUGCUUUGCAGUUGAUCGCAGCUGACGUGGCUUUCCCGCUUUUACCUACAAAGACUGGUAAUAGCAAAGUGGCAAGCUUGGAAGAGCUACUGGAAUUGUUGAAAAGCGAGAAGAAGUUCGGAAAAUCUUUGCAAAGCGUGAUAGGGGUCGAAUACGAUCCUUUCCGACAAUUAGACGUCACACAACGUAUUGAAGCAACAUUCCCUGAGUUGUUGCUGGAGCAUUUUCGUCUGCCUGUCAAACUUGACGAGAACGACGAGAGAAGACAAUAUGGUUGUCAAUACGUAUACAAUCUCGAAACAUUCCGAUUCAAAUUAGACGGUCUUAUUCGGGCAUCAAUUCAAUCAGGCGAUUUAGAUCAUUCAAUGAUCGAUACUGACGCAAAUCUCCAAGCAACAAUCUUGGUGGCAGGCGUGAAUCUGAAUUGGAGCGCAAUUGAUGCUCAGAGCAUGGUCAUUCGUGCAUGGACGAAUUUAUUAAGUGUAUCGAUUGGGGCGAUCUUUACCCGCUUUGAUGAAGACAAAGCGCUUGCUCGUCAAUUACGUUCAACAAUUGCAAAUGUUUGGCUCGAAUCUAGCAAGACUAUCAAUAGCGAGCAAGCCGGUAAUGAGAUUGCGCAAGACAUGCAUGGUUUGCGGGUUGCAUUCUUGGCCGUUCUUCUGGACGUUGCUUGGACUUGUCUACCCUUGUCGAAUAAUGAUUUGACAGAAGAGGAUAAAACAGUCACUUUAAGCGUAAUGGAUCAAGUUGUUGGCUUGUUCACUCAUCCUGUCCUAUCGAUCGUUGAUAUCAUGAAGAAGGCUCAUCUACAUCAGGAAUCCAGCUUACAUCGUGAUAUCGCACGAAUCAAUUUGCUGACAAUGCAGCGCUACCGCCUCAUAUUUCGGCAAUCAUCGAUCGGAGGAAAGGAAGGAUCAAUAGGUCGAUCUGAAUUGCUUAGGAGCUUGAAAAAGCAAGCGGAAAUAUUGAAUACUCAAACAAUCACCUUCACUCGACUCGCGUUGGACAAAUGCUUAUCAUUGUUGGAUGUACGAAGGGCAGAGGUAGGAGAUGAAUAUGUUGAUCGAGCAACGUUGAUCUUAAAUCAUGAUCUUCAACUCUUCUUGUCAGGAUUGGCCAUUCAGUUACAUCAAGAUUGCGAACUUUCAGUACAUUCCUGGUCUCCAAGAUUGCACUCCUCUGCUCUCUUAUCUGCGGCAUUUGACCUUUUCAGUCGAUCAACGUCGCCCGUGCAUCAUCUGCUUCCAGCCGGCAAUUCUACCCAUGGAGAUAGUGAUAAUAAUGGAUACGUGGAUGAGCUUGGCAGUGGUCUAGUACCACCAUAUUGGGAUUCCUUACUUCAAUUCUUUUUGGAAUUGGCAUGUCAAACCACAACGGCAGAAGUGUUAAUCUUAGCAGGUGCGACAAAUGCAUUAAAUGUGAACGCUAUCUCACUUGCUCUCGAUCAAGCACUUUCCGCAUCGAGGUCUGACUUGGCACGCAUUCCACCAAGAUUAGAGAACGGCUCUACAGAGAAUGCUUUGUAUGUUCAAUGGGUCAAGAUGUUGCGAAUUUUGGUAGCCUUGAUGAACUCAUUGGACAACAUUCCUCGAUCAUCUUUUGUUGGCCAAGAAGUGAUGAGCUUCUUCAAUAUCUAUCAUUCGGCCAUCGAAUAUAGUUUCCAACGACCUCUAUUCCAAGCAACAAGCACGAUGGGAAUGCGUGCCAUAUUAGCAGGAACUCGACAAUUUGACAAUACCCGAACUGCUAUUUUGACAUCAGAAACGAUUACAGUGAAUCAACUGCACGAGAUGGAUUUGAUCUUUAACAUCUAUCACCACAUCUUGCAACAUGUUCAAAAAAACCAAAGACCCGACUCAAAAGGCUGGAAAGCAAACAGCACUUUAUUGAUCAACAAAUUCGUCAAGCAUGCCACUCUACGUUUGCAAGAAUGCGUUCACCUUUUGCAACAUCCUCACGAGCUAUUGGCUCUUUUAGGCCUAGAUGAAAAGCAAAAGGACCUCAAGUCUCAUCCUAAUCAUAAAUCAACAGUAGCAAUGGCUACAAGACUAUUGAUGCAAACGAGUAUCAACAUCGUGAAAAGCUUUUGGUCAUUAACUACUGGUAUGGACACACUUUGUUCUUCAGAUGCAAGUUUGUGGAAUUUGGAUCAUGUAUUGGUUGUGCCAACUAUUGGAACAUCACCUUCACGACCAUCUUCAAUUGGUACUCUGUUGGAUCUCGCAGGCUAUUUGACAGAAUCACUCGAACGCUUAGAUAGCUCAAAAGGUGAAGUGAAUGACAAGAGUGCCUUGGUGGCUGCAAUGGAGCAAACGGUAUCAUUAGCCUCUACGCAAUUGGGUCUGGCAAUGCAUGGACGAUCGGUUGAGAACCAGGGUGGUCCAACCAGUACAACAAACAAGGGUGAAGAUGCACAAGGGCAAGAUGCUUCGACACUAAGUAAAGCCGCCAAUGUACAUUCCUUGGAAGUGGAAGUAGGGCUGGGACGUGACGUUUGCCAAUCGAGCGAGUCUGCAAAAGCUGCCAUUCAUGGUCGCAAAGAGAGCACGGCCUAUCUGGAUAUCAUUUUGGCAUUCCAACGUAAAUGGCUGAUCUCUUCAGAAUAAGACUUGUACAGUAAUCAUAAUGAGAAUGAAAGAUGAAUUGCUAAAAGUACAGCAGUUGUUGUGAAAGCGUUAAAAUAGGGUAUCUUCAUCACGCAGAUAUUCUCCUACAUCUGCUUGAUGAAAGACGAUGAUGCUUGUAGGAUCCAAUUUACGUGUGUCAAUUGUUGAUCUUGCCGUUACACCAAAGCCCAAAGCCACAUUUGCCAUACUCAUGAUUACUACUCCUGCAUGUUCUGGUGUAUCGUCCGUUAUUCUUCCAAGAUGUGCUUUAACGACAUGAUUUCCAUACAAAAACGGAAGUUCUCCGUUUGGUUUAAUCCAAACUUUAUGUUUUGCAUAUUGUGCCAAAGUGUCUAAAGCGGUAAUAUGAAGUCUAAAUUUUCCCGUUUUACUGAAUUUUCCA